GGAGAGUGCACUUGUAGGAACUACUUUGUUAAGUAAUAAUCUAACAAAAUUGUCUUAAACAAUGGCUCCGACCCCUCAAGAAUUAGGGGGCCAGGAUAAACCCAGAUGUGGGACCACACCGAGGCCCCCACCCGGAGAAGAAGUGGUCAUAAGUGGAAUAUCAGGAGUUUUCCCAAGUUCAAAAAAUACAACGCAGUUUGCGGAAAAUCUAUUCAACCAGGUGGACAUGGUGACAGAAACCGACCUGAAUUUCCACCACCCUGAGGCUCCGAAGCAUUUUGGAAAAGUCGAUGGCGUGAAAAAAUUCGAUGCCCAGUUCUUCAGAGUCACAUACAGUCAUGCUUUGUCCAUGGAGCCUAUGAGCAGAAUGCUGUUGGAACAGGCGUAUCAAGCCAUGUAUGAUUCAGGUAUCAACCCUCUCGCAUAUAAAGGCAAGAAAGUUGGUGUAUUUGUUGGGUCCUCAUACAGUGAUACCAGUAAUGUCGCCAUGUUUAGCUCUUAUAAACAGAAAGGCUUUGUUUUGAGUGGAUGCGGUAAAAGUAUGUUCUCCAAUCGAAUAUCCUACUGGAUUGAUGCCAAAGGUCCUUCGUAUACCCUGGACUGUGCUUGCGCCAGUUCAAUGGUAUGCCUCGAGCAUGCAUACAAUGCUAUGACCAAAGGAGAAUGUGAGGCAGCCGUUAUAGGUGGCUGCAAUUUGUGCUUUGAACCUCACUUGGGAUUGAAUUUGAGAAAGAGUGGCCUGGUGAGCAAAGACGGAAGAACGAAGUGUUUUGAUAAGCACGGCGAUGGACCAGUUAGAUCUGAAGCUAUCACUUGUCUCUUUCUACAGAAAGCUAAAGACGCUAGAAGAGUAUACGCAGAAGUAUAUUAUGCACAAGUUACUUAUGGCUUAAAAGAAGAUGCUCAAUUUCUACCUCUACGCCGAUCACAGGAUUUGGAACAUUUGUUCAAAAAGUUUUAUUCUGAAAUCGAUGUUUCACCAAAAGAAGUCGAAUACGUUGAAGCCGAUGGAUCAGCCAUAGCAGAAUCAGAUACUAAUGAACUUAUAGCUAUUAGUAAUACAUUUGUCAAUGACAGACCAGUUAAAAUUGGAAGUGUUAAAUCAAACAUGGGAAAUAGCGAACCUGCAUCGGGGUUAUGCGCUCUCACGAAGGUCUGUCUAGCAUACCAUGAGGGCAAACUACCAGGCAACUUACAUUAUUCUGAGCCUGUAGACGUCCCUGCUUUGAAAAAUAGAAAACUUGAAGUGGUUCAAGAUAAUGCAUCUUUUGGGAGAGGUUAUACAGCUGUCAACAACUUUUCAAUAAAUGGCACAAACUGUCACGUCCUAUUAAAAGGACAUUUUAAACCAAAGGAUACUUCAAAGUACAAAAGUAACAUUCCACGGCUAGUUUUAAUAUCAGGCAGGCAAGAAGCUUGCGUUGAAAAAAUUAUAAACAUUUUAAAGAGUCAACCUAUAGACCCUGAGGUCAUUGGCAUGAUGCAUAACAUUUACAAAAUUGACACACCUGGACACACGUGCAGAGGUUAUACUAUACUUGAUACAAAUGAAAACAAUGAAACAAUAAGUCUUAAGGAUAGCGCAGAACACUACCCCGGGUUGAAACGCCCGUUAUGGUUAGUGUUCAGUGGUAUGGGAUCUCAGUGGCCAGGCAUGGCAGCUGACCUAAUGAGGAUACCAGCAUUUGCAGGUGCUAUUUAUAAGUGCCAUACAGCUCUUAAACCUUUGGGUGUUGACUUGAUCCGAGUGCUUACUGAACCUGACAAAACUAUCUUCGAUAACAUUCUCAACUGCUUUAUUGGUAUAUCCGCAGUACAAAUAGGUCUUACUGACGUCUUAAAAGAACUCGGGAUUGUACCUGACUAUGUCAUUGGUCACAGUCAAGGAGAAAUGGGAUGUGCAUAUUUUGACGAUUGCUUCACUACUGAAGAUAUGAUCCUCGCGGCAUACAGUCGCGGCAUCGUGUCCGUUGAAACUUCUUUCGUCAAAGGCGCUAUGGCUGCUGUGGGAAUGGGCUACAAAGAUAUUUUCCCGCUCUGUCCACCAGAAAUCGACGUAGCAUGUCAUAAUAGCAGUGAAUCUGCCACGUUAUCGGGACCAGCUGAUGUAUUGAAAGAAUUCGUUGCUGAAUUGACGGCCAAAGGAAUCUUUGCUAGGGAAGUGCCAAGUGCCAAUAUUCCAUUCCAUUCCAGAUAUAUCGCUCAUGCUGGUCCCGCCUUCAAACAGCGCUUAGGGGCUAUUAUUAAGAAGCCGAAAUUAAGAAGUGAAAAAUGGAUUUGUACAUCUGUGCCGCAAGAUAAAUGGGAUGAGCCGUUAGCAAAAUAUUCUUCGGCAGAUUAUCACACUAACAAUCUGAUGAGUCCAGUAUACUUUGAAGAGGCAUCAAAGCUUAUACCAGACAAUGCGGUUGUCGUAGAAGUGGCUCCUCACGGUUUGCUCCAAGCGAUUCUGAAAAGGUCUCAUCCGGAGUGUACCCACAUACCAUUGACAAGAAGAGGAACAACGGAACAAAUAAAAUUCCUAUUUGAAGCAUUUGGAAAGCUUUACCAAGAAGGCUAUAAUUUCCAAAUGGAUGCAUUGUACCCAAAAAUUGAAUAUCCUGUGGCAACCGAAACACAGAUGCUUUCUCAUUACGUUGAUUGGGAACACAGUGAGGAGUGGCCUGAAGUGGUUGUUCACAAUAACGAUAAAAUAACAACCGCCACUCGUGAGUUAGUCAUGUCAGUGCACGACGAUGAAUACAAAUACAUUUCUGAAUAUAUAAGAGAAGGGAACAACGUUUUUCCUGAAUCUGCAAUGUUGUUCUUAGUUUGGGAAACAUUAGCCAUGUAUAUGGGAGUCAACUACAAAGAACUGUCUGUGGUUUUCAGAGAAGUACAAUUUCAUGGCGAAGCAAUAAUUCAACCAGAAGAGGCAUUUAAGAUUAAUAUUAAUAUUAGUAAAGGAAACGAUUACUUUGAGGUCAGCCAAUAUGGGAUAACCUUAGCAAACGGCUAUGUUUCUGAAAUUGUGAAGCCUAAAUUUAUACCUCUGAAAGAUGUGGAACAAAAUGAUGAAGAUGUUAAUCUCACAUCUGAUGAUGUGUACAAACAUUUACAUGCUAAAGGAUUAACCUACAAGGGUGAGUUCCAGUCUGUCAUCAAAACGAACUUCAGACGUACACAAGCGCAGAUUAAAUGGAACGACAACUGGAUUACGUUCCUUGACGCUUUAAUACAACUGAAUAUAUUAUCAAGAGAUUACGAUGGUGUUACUAAACCUAAGAUCAUCAAAAAAAUAACUAUCAGUAUAGACGAUUUUAAGAAAGUAACUGAAAAUAAUUAUGAAGAUUACUACGAUGCCCAGUUGUACAGUAUUUAUGAAGUUACCAGGUGUGCUGGUGUAGAAUUCAGAAACAUCAUUUUUGAAGAUAAACCAAUACAAAAGCAAGAACCAGAUGUUUUAGAAUCUAUAUCAUUUGUACCGCAUUCAAUUACUGGCAAAGUAAAUAUUGAAACAGCCCUUCAAAUAAAUCUACAAAUAAUUGCCGAUAAUGCACAUGAUGAAGUAAUAAAUGUAACAGAAGUUGUUACUAAAACAAACUCAGUUUUAUCUUAUGUUCUUGAACGAGUAGCUGAUAAUAUUGCUAAUAUAAAUAUUAAAGUGAACACUGUCGAUAUUGAAAAAGUAAAUCAAGCUAUCGAAAAAUCUUCUGUAGUUGUUAUUCAAGACACAUUUAAUGAAAAGGUGACGAAUAAUAUCCUUAAUAAGAUUCGUAAAAAUGCAUUUAUUAUGGCUUUCGUUGAAAAUAUACAUACUUUUAAGAACGGCGUCUUCACUGUAGUGUCCUCAAUGUCUGUACAAAGCAAAAAUCUUUUGCUUUUGAAAAAGACGGGUUCAAAUAACGAUGUAACAUGUAUUUCAAUUGUUUCUGAUGAAAAGUUUGCUUGGAUCCCUAUCGUACAAAGUGAACUACAGAAGACAAAACGUGUUGUAUUAAUAUCCGAGAGGCAACCGCAUUGUGGAUUAUUUGGUAUAGUAAAAAAACUGAGAAAAGAGCAUCCGAACAAAAUCAGCUUGUUCCUAAUAGACGAUUAUUGUGCACCUACUUUUGACAAAGAAAAUCCUGUAUUUAAACAGCAACUACAGAAAAACUUGACUUUCAAUGUAUUUCACAAGGACCAAUGGGGAAGUUAUUAUUAUUUGCCACAUUCUGGUUCUGCAAUAGUCCAAAACAUUAAACUAGUCAAUGCAGUGCCUGGUGACACGGAUAGCCUGAAAUGGGCUGAAACACCUGCUAUCCCGGCUAACAACAAUUUGGUUCAGAUCUGCUACGCUGGACCAUCCAUUAGAGAUUCCCAAAAAGCUGUUGGUAUAGUACACGAUUCAACGUGUGAUUUUGGAAUGGAUUUCAGUGGAUUAGACACAAAUGGUGACAGAGUAAUGGGUGUUGUGCCUGGUGGAGCUCUUGGUAGCACUGUAAAGGCUGACCCACAUUUACUUUGGCCUGUGCCUGAACAUUGGAGUCUAGAAGAAGCGGCUACUGUACCUCUACCUUAUGCUCACGCAUUUUACUGUCUAGUUGUUAAAGGACAGUUGUUAAAAGGGCAGUCAGUUUUCGUAAACGGUGGAGCGGGUGCUCUUGGUCAAGCUAUUAUCUCCAUCUGUCUUGCCCUGGGUUGCACAAUAUAUACCUCCGUCAGUAAUCCACACAAGAAGCAAUUCUUAUUGAAAUUGUUUCCGCAAAUUGAUGCCAGAAAUAUCGGAUGUUCUAUAAAUGGCGACUUCCGUAAUAUGGUUAUUUUGAACACAAAGGGCCGACGUUGUGAUUUUGUCAUAAAUUGCGCCAGUGGAGCUUCUAGGGAGGCUGCGAUGAAAUGUGUAGCGGUGUGUGGUAUCUUCUUGGACAUCAGCCAAUACGACAUGAAGCAGAACAAACCGAUAGGAAUGUCUUACGUUGAAGGCGAAAGAAACUACUUAGCUGCUAACUUUUCGACUAUAUUCAAACCGGAAAACGUGAAUGAGAAGAAGAUGCUCCAAAUAAUAAUCGCCCAAGGUAUCGUAAACGGUACGGUCAGGCCACUUAGUCGGAUAGUUUACCCUACUACUGAUGUAUCAAGAGCCUUCAGAUUGUUAUCAGCAAACAAACACAGGGGCAGAGUCCUUAUAAGGAUAAAAGACGCUGAAGUCCCUACUAAAUGUCUCAACGUUAUUCCAAGAAUGACGUUCUCUUCGAAUGGAACGUACAUCGUAGUCUGCGAUGAAACCGAAUUAGGUAUUGAACUUGCAAACCGUUUAGUCAGACGAGGAGCGAGGAAACUUCUACUUCACUUGAAAUCCAAGCAAGUUUCUGGAUACAUACAUUUGAAAUUGGAAUCGUGGAGCAAACUUGGCACUUCAGUAAAAAUAUCAACGGAAAAAUUGCACUCGGAUAAAAAUUGUGUUCAACUAUUGAAUGACGCUGAGAAAAUGGGUCGAGUACAGGGCAUAUUCAUUAUUCAAGAAACAUCUUCACUUCUUGAAAGCUCAUUGAAACAGCAAGAAUUUGCUGAGAAAUAUGAAAGCGUAACGAAAGUGGUCGCAAACCUUGAUGUUUUAUCUAGGAACAAUUGUCCUGAACUGAGUGCCUUUGUGGUCGUCUCAAGGUCAUCACAAAACAUUGUUGAUGAAUACGUUGCGUCGGUGUCUGACAAAAUCUGCCAAGCCCGUCUCGGGGUGGGUCUGCCAGCGUUGGCGUUCAAAGUCGAACUCUUGGACGAGUUGACUUCCCAAGAUCAAUAUGAUACAAGUUUACAACCACAGAAUAUUGCAACAGUACUUAACGCAUUAGAAACAAGUUUGAGACAGAAAAACGGCAGCGUAAUAACAUACAACUUAAAAACGAAAAGAAAUUUGGAAUUUUUGGAAAAAGUUUCCAGAUGUUUAGGUGUCAAAAACAUAAUCGAGAUUGAUGAAACACUGACAGUAAAUAAUUUCAUCACCAGUGACGUUAAUAUUGAGGAAUUGAAAUCAAUAAUUAAGGAUACUUACAAAAUUGAAUUCAGUGUUGAAAAAUUAAAGAUUUUGUCUAUCGCCAGCAUUAAAUCUCUAUGUGAGACAUCUAAGAAGAUUAACAAAGUUGACAGUGGCCUAGGAGCAUUCUAUACAUUCGUUGAAGCCGAUGAAUACGUGGCUACUGAUGUUAUGAUACCUAUGCGUACAAUUAUAGAUAAAUAUAACGAGACCCAAGAAUUAGAUGAAAAAGCUGCCCAUCUUAUGUUGAUCCCAGGAUUUGAAGGACAUCAUCAAAUUUUUAAACCAAUAUGUGAGCGGCUUAAAAUAAGAGCUAUAACUUUCCAGCUAGGUCCGGAUUUAAUCACAGAGAGUAUCCAAGAUAUGGCUCUCAGUAUCUUGAAGUAUAUCAAGAAAACUUUUGUAUUUGAGUCUAAGUUUUAUCUUCUUGGCUACUCUUUUGGAGUCAACGUGGCUUUGGAAACAGCUGCUUUAUUGGAGAAAGAAGGUCGAGUUGGAGUUGUAUACUGUCUGGACAGUAGUCCCGAUGCUCUGAAAGUACAGUUAGAAGCUCACAUUGGUAAUUUAACAGAUAAUGAAAUUCAAACAUUUGUUAUUGAACAUAUGUUUGAACUGAUGACUGGAAGCAAGAAUGAUGAACUAAGUAAAGAACUUAAUAUUCUAGAGGAAUGGUCUGACAAAGUUGAUGUGUGCGUUAAGAAACUAAGAGGUUUAGUCACAUACACGACUGAAUAUAUAAAGACAGUACUUGAGUCAGCGUAUAGAAGAAUUCAAUUAGCUAGAGAUUACAAGCCUGAGCUUAAAUUAGAAUCUGAAUUGAUUCUUAUGAAAGGCAUACCUCAUCCUAAUGCAAAUACUCUAGAACAUGACUACAAUCUUUCAAAAUACAGUACGAAACCAGUCAAGGUAUUUGAAAUUGCAUCAAACCAUGCAACUGCUACUCAAGAUUGUAGAGUUGCAAAUAUUGUGAAUAAACUAUUAGAUCCAAAACUGUUAGAAGAAUUUAAAAAUAAGAACCUAUGUGAGACUUAUUUUGCUGAUUGUUGAACGUAUAUCUAAGUUAGUUAUUAAUACGGCCACUUAUUUUAAGCCUUAGAUUAAGUAAAUAAAAGUCGUGAGCUUGAUAA